CUGUGUGAGAAGUUGCAAUGUGGCCUGUACAUGGAUGAUGUGUGCACCUCCUUCUGCAGCAGAGCCGAAGCUGAGUCGAGCAUGUCGCGGGCGGAGGAGAUCUUCCGCGACGCAGGCAUGGAGUUGCACAAGCGGCGCAUCUCCGGUGACGCUGACAGCGAGGCCAACGUUCUGGGUCUUCUGUGGAACCCCGCCACGGACCUGCUCGCAGUGAGUGUGCCUGGCUUCCAUGUGGCCAAGACCAGGAGAGAGAUGCUGUCCCUGCUGAGUAAGCCGUUUGACCCGCUCGGUGUACUCUCUCCGUGGCUUGUUGUCGGCAGGUCUCUGUUCCAGAGAACGUGGGGAGUCGGAUGCACGGUCAGCUGGGAUGAGGAGCUGCCCCCACAGCUACAGGAGGAGCUAACAGAAUGGCUCACAGACGCACCAGACCGAACUGUAUGGUUCCCCCGCGCGCUGCUGACGAAUGACUGUGACGUCACCUACCAUGUCUUUUGUGAUGCCUCAAAGAAAGCGUAUUGUUGUGUCAUCUACGCUGUGCAGGGUGGGGAGUCCAGGCUGCUCAUGUCCAAAUCUCGUCUCGCGCCCCUGACUCCCGCCCUCAGCGUGCCCAGACUUGAACUGAUGGGCGCCCUCAUCGGCGCCAGGCUGAUGGACUUUGUCAGACAGGCGUUGAGUCUGGAGAGCCUACAAGUCGUCUAUUGGACCGACUCCAUGGACGUCAUCUUCUGGCUGAAGAGCAAGAAGAAGCUGAAGCUGUUCGUGCAGAACAGAGUGACCACCAUCCUCCAGUUGACUCAAGCGGAGCAAUGGCACCACGUAAGAGGACAAGACAACCAGGCCGACCUGGGGACGAGAGGUAUGUCCAUGACCGCUCUGGAGAAGUGUGAUCUGUGGUGGCGAGGACCGACAUUUCUCCGACAGGGACCUGAUACCAGGAUCUGCUGUGGACCGACAGACGAGGCCGACAGUCUGCAGCCGUCUCAGGAGGCCACCAGUGAAGUGAAGCUGCAGAAGCCCCCGUUGAAGCUGACCCUGCUGACGACGCGAAGUGACACAAGUGAGACCCUACCGUUUGACAUUACGUCAUGUUCUACCCUCACACAGGCUGUGCUGAGGCUCGCGUGGGUGUUCCGUUUCGUCACCAACAGCCGCCUACCGAGGGAGGAGCGCCGGACGGGUCCGCUGACGCCCGAGGAGAAGAGACUGAGCCUCCGCUUCUGGAUCAGAGAGGCACAGGCCCGUGCCUACAGAGAGGAGACCAACGCCGCCACCGCUGACGUGAUCCUGGCGCUGAGACGGUUCUGCGCCAUCCGAGGGACGCCAGCUCUGGUGUACAGCGACAACGCUCGGACGUUCCGGGCCUUGCUUGGCCACCUACCCCGGUCGGUAACGUGGAAGUUCAUCCCUGAGGCUGCCCCCUGGUGGGGAGGGUACUGGGAGCGUUUGGUGGGCGUGACAAAGAAGGCUCUUCGCAUCACCCUACAUCAGUGCCACCUGACGUUUGAGGAGUUGUCUGCCACGAUGUAUGAGCUCGCUUUUUUCAUAAACCUGCGCCCCCUCACCCAGGGCGAUGGUGAAGAUCUCCUUACCCCCGCCCACCUGCUUUUCGGCGUGACGAGCAUAGACGGUGUCUUGUGCCCAACAUUGAAAGAGUGUUCCAUCAGCAGGGCCUGGCGUCACCAGAAGCGGGUCUGCGACCAUCUGAUCCGGCGGUGGUGUGAUGAGUACCGCAACGCUCUCCGCUGCUGGAGCGUCUCGCCCCGUGGACGACCUAGCCGUACACCGCGCGUGGGAGACGUGGUGCUAGUCCACAGUGAGAGGCCGCGCGGCCGGUGGCCUGUGGCGCGAGUGACGCGGCUGCUGGCGGGACCGGACGGCCACGUGAGGGCCGCCGUCAUCAGCCUGCGCGGGCGGAGCACUCGCCGCCCUGUCAGCCGCCUGUUCCUGCUGGAGGCGGCGGACUGAGUCGGACUGAGUCGUACCGGUUCAGUGAUCGGGACGAGUUACGUCGCCGCGAACUAUCGCAGAGUGCUGUGCCUUUUGUCGUAUUCAUCGUUAAGUUUGUUUUUCGAAAUCGGUCGUGCGCUCGAUUUCGAGUGGGGAGUGUGUUGUGAUUAGUAGCCUCUUACCUUUUUUACCUUCACCCGUGACCCGUGUUGAUGUACCCUACCUUUCCUCACCCAGUAAAACUUUCCUCUAUUUGCCCGCCCCUGUCCUGAAUCCAUCACUUUUUGUUAGUGAUGUAAUGCUUCCAUUUUUCACCGAGCCGAUUUCGUUUUGUUUUUAUCCUUUCUAGUCAGUCUGGAU